AGGAACAGGUAUCUUCUGCUGGGAAACCCCAGAAAGGACUGGUAGAUCCUUACCCAACGUUUCAAAGAAGAAAAACCCCUCGUUUUCUUAAAAUUGGAACUCCUUUCUAUCAGGACAAUCAACUUCAAGUCAAAGUCUACUGGAAGAAGACAGAUGUCAGCAUGAAUCAAUUCCAAGUCCACUGGCUACUGGAGUCCUGUGCACACAAUGAUACCAAAGGACUUGGGAAAGUAACUGAGCUGACUUAUGAAAACUACAUGAUUCUGAAGGACUUGUCAUUUUCAUGCAAAUACAAAGUAACUGUUUUGCCUGCAAAAUCUAAAGGUCGUUUUAAGGCUGAGAGUGUUUUCUUUGUUACCCCACCCUGCUCUUCAUUUAAAGAAAAAAAACACAAGCACAUUAAUUGUCCUGCUNNNNUAGUGCCAGUUCUACCCAAAGUGUUGGCCAAACCCGAGAAUCUAUCUGCGUCUUUCAUUGUCCAGGAAGGUAACAUCACUGGUCAUUUUUCCUGGAAGAUAUCUAAGGCAGACCUUCACCAGCCCAUGACAGGGUUUCAAGUCACUUGGGCAGAAGUAACCACAGAAAGCCGGCAGAACAGCUUACCCAACAGCAUCAUUUCGCAGUCGCAGAUACUACCAGCAGAUCAUUAUGUACUUACUGUGCCCAAUCUGAGGCCAUCGAUGCUGUACCGUUUGGAAGUUCAAGUGCUGACGACUGGUGGGGAAGGGCCAGCUACAAUAAAAUCAUUCCGAACACCCGAUCUUCCUCCAUUUUCACCCCACAGACCUCAUCUGAAGCAACAUCAUCCACACCACUACAAACCACCCCCAGAGAAAUAUUAG